AUGGAGACCAGGGAGGACAAAUCCCCACAGCAGAACCUUGUGGAAGAGGCUGUUUUGAGCAGCGUCACAGCACAGGAAUCCAACAGGGAAGAAAAGCCCUGGAGAUCCCUCACGAGGAGGGGCUGCAAACGCAGAUCAUGGGGAUCUGAGGAGGAAAGACCCACCCUGGGCCGAGGAGACGGCCGGAGCUCAGAGCUGAGGGUCGAUGAGCAGCAACAGAGAUCCAACCUGAUCCGCCACAUGAGAAUCCACACGGGGGAGAGGCCCUACAUAUGCGAGGAGCAUGGGAAGAGCUUCAGCCGGAGAUCCAACUUGACUGUCCUCCUGAGGAGCCACACCGGGGAGAGGCCCUACAAGCACCAGUGCACUCACACAGAGGAAAGGCCCUUCUACUGCCCUGACUGUGGGAAAGGCUUCAAGUACAACUCCUAUCUUGUCAGCCACCAGCACAUGCACACCCAGGAGAAGCCCUGUGAGUCUCCCAAGUGUGGGAAGAGAUUCACCCAGAAGUCGAACCUGAUUGUCCACAAGAGGAUCCACACUGGCGAGAGGUCUUACGAGUGUGAGGAGGAGGGCUUCAGGGACAACUCCACCCUCGUGAUCCACCAGCGCACCCACUCCAGGGAGAGGCCCUAUGAGUGUCCAGAGUGUGGGAAGAGCUUCUCACAGAGCUUCAUCUUGAGCAGACACCAACAGAGCCAGCACAAAGGGAAGCCCUGCAAGUGCCCCGCAUCCAGGGAGAGUUUCAUGCGCUCCUCCAGCUCCAUCCCCCAUGGGAUCCACACUGGAUGA